AACAAGAAGAAUCUGCAGAAUAAAAGCCAGGGGACCAGCAGAGACUUCAACACUUUGCCUCAUCCAGAAGACAAUUCCUUUGUCCAGCCUCUUCCACCAUCACCACCAUGACCUUUCUUGGUGUUUUUCUUGUGUUUUGUGGCGUAUUGACGCUGACCAGAGCCGUGCCUAUUAACUCAACCCUCACCAAGAGGAUGGGGGGCCUCUGCGACUACAACCACCUGCAGUGCACGAUCUUCCCUGGAAUGUUCUGCCCGCAGUGCGACGCCGACGGGAACUUCCUGCCGCAGCAGUGCUCCGGCCCGACCCAAUACUGCUGGUGCGUGGACAUGAUCACCGGAGAGGAGAUCCCCAACACAAAGACCCCGCCUGGGGUCAGGCCAACUAACUGUGCAAAGAAUAUACGCUGCCCACAUGGCUGGAUCAGUUUUGGUUAUCGGUGUUUCCUCUUUAUCGACACCCCAAAGACAUGGCCUGAAGCUGAGUUUUACUGUCAGUUUGAGGAAGCCAACCUGGCAUCAGUCCACAGUUACGAGGAGAAUCGAUUUAUCCAAACUUUGACCAGAGGAGACACACACACCUUCCCAGAAACCUGGAUUGGAGGAAGUGAUGCCAUACAACUUGAUUUGUGGAUGUGGUCCGAUGGCUCCAAGUUCUACUAUGAGAACUGGUACAAUGACGACCACAACGAGAAGGAAGAGCACUGCCUGAAGAUGAAUUAUCACUAUAACCUGAAGUGGUCUGCAGCCCCCUGCAACGACACUCUGCCUUUUGUUUGUUCCAAGGACAACUGAACGCACAUGAAACUUGAGCAAAAACAAACCCGACCUGUGUCGCCACAUGGAAGUUGCAAUUUUUACCACACACAUGUAAUCUUUUUUUUUAUUGUAUAACCAAAAUAAAAGCAAAGAAAUAAAACCAAUAAUAAAACAACAAAACCUGCUGAAGUGUGGCUCAAGUUAGACAGUGGUUUCACAGAGAACAAUUAAAGGUUCAAAAAUAUGUUCUCCUACUGUUUAAAACAUAUAUGAAGGUCCUGAAUGUUGCAAUAGCUAUGCCAGGCCAGUAUGUGGCAGUAUAAAAUCCCCACUGAAAGACACAAAACAGAGAAGGCAGCAAGAAAAAGACGCUAAUUGUAAAGGUAAUAACAAUAUCUGCAUAAAAACCUAACAAAAAAACCUCAGGGUGAUAUAGACUUAUAGGUUAUCUUUGGAAAUAUGUGAAAUAAACUGUUCGCAGAACAUUAUCUGCAUAUUUCAUGAACAUUUUGAGGCAAACAAAAAGUGAGGACUUGGUUACUCUGUUAUGGCCAGGA